AACGAUACAAUCAAUUAUCAAAUAAAUAAUAAAAAAAAAAAAAAAAAAAAAAAAAAGACUAGAUUUAAAAUAACCCAUUCCUUUCCUUUAUAUUAAAUAAUAAAAAAUAAAAAUAAAAAAUGAGCCUGAACACAGUGAUUGCAUUUGCACUCUUGUUGAAAAAGAUUACUCGCAAGGGAUCAAUGGGAAAGAAACAUUUCCGCAAUAAAUUCAACAAGAAAGAUAGUUCAUGUUCAAGUAGUGAAGAUGAAGAGGACGACAAUAAUAUCAUUGUGGUUGAAUACGAUAAUAAUGACGAUUAUCACUUGAUGAACAAGGAUAACAAGACCAAUUCCUCCAUCAUAUCUCCUCCCUCCAUCAAAUCCAUACAAAAACAUGUCUCUUUAAAGCCUUUGGAGAUUACCGCCGCCUCCAUCAUUGUCUUACCCCAAGAAGAGUCUGUGGUGGUCAUCCGAGACUUUGCGUAUCCCAUCGAUCACCCAUAUCACCAUGGAAAAGCCAUCAAACACCAAUCUUCGUCAAUGUCUCUAUCUUCGCCUGAUUUCAACGGUAGAGAUGCUCGAGCCCUCUUUGACUUUACACCAGAAACUGAGUAUGAACUCCCAUUGAAGCAGGGACAGACAUUAUGGGUCCAAUACCGUCAAUGCCCGGGUUGGUUAGUUGCUGAUGUACAAGAUGAAACUGGUUUAAUUCCUGAAACAUAUGUUGAAUUCAUCUAAACACAAAUAUUUUUUAUCCCUCUCCACAUUAUUAUUAUUUCCCUCCCCAUUACAUAUCUUUACCUUCCUUUCUUUAACCCUCACUUUUUUUUUCCACUUUUUUUUUGGCGCAUUUACUUUUUUUUUUCAAUUUUUAUCCUCUUUUUUUUUUUUUUUUUUAUACAUAUAUUUUUAAAUAUGCAUGUCUUUCUUUUUUCUCUUGUGUGCGUCUUUUCUGUUCUCCCACAAAGUGUGUAACCCGCAUUGUAAAUAUUUAUUUGAGACCAAGACCGUGCCUCGGUAGAUCUGUCCCACAAGAACUAUUUUCUGUAUUGCCAUGGAAACACGCAUUGCAAAUACCUUUUUCAGAACAGGAAUCGGUGCCAAGGUUACCCCGCCGCUAAGCAAAAUUAAAACUCAGUGCCAAAAAGGGGCCCUGUCAACACACACAAGGGUACAAACAAGACGAAAAGUAUAAGUUUUUGAUACGCUUUUUUUAUUUAAC